AUGGAGGACAUUGAUGACGGUGAGGUAUACGCGGCCAUGCGUAUUGGUCCCGAUGCGGUUCCGCAACGACGGCCUCGCCUACGCAAGCUCACAGACGAAGAAGAUGAAGCAGCUCGUGCUCUGGUGGAGCGGCUUGGAGCUCUACUCGCUGCCAAGAUCACGGAUGCUGACGACUGGGAGUCGGUGGAGGGCUACAUUACUGCCCUCCCGUACACCUUGUAUGACAAAUUGCAACCGUACUCCCAGGCCUCGAGCUGUACCCAGGUCCCACCUCGUGGCCAGAGUCGGUCUUGCGAACGCCGGCACGCACAGGCGGGAGGCAAGCCUCUCGGCCCUCCACAUAAGCCGCGACCUGGGCCUGUCGAGUCCGAUGGACAGCGAUGUGGCACCCGUCGGCGCCGUCGUGGCACUGGCCGGUCGGGCGCUAAGCCCAAGCAUCGUGGACGCCCACCGCGGGUAACCCGCCACCAUCGAGAGCACCGUUUUGACGAGGCCCUGGACGAGCUCCAUGCGGUGCAACGCAGCGCCCCAAGCAACCGCCCGGCCAUCAGCAAGGCCCGCCGCCGCGUCGGGCGCAUUAACUCGGCGCUGGACCAGCAGCGCCUGCGCCACAAAUUCGACACCGAUGAGAAGGCUUGUGUGGAUGCGAUCCUCUCCAAUGCUCGCCGCACGCAGGCAGCAACGGGGUUGGAGGCUGGGGUGACCAGUGCCACGGAUGAAGUGGAUGAUGGAGUCUGCCCCAUAUCCAGUGAUGACCUGUGGCGAUAUUUCGAUGGAGUUAAUACGCCCCGACGGGCCUUUGACGUGGAUGCUCCAGUUGGUGAUGCUUUUCGCACGGCCAUGGCCCAGAUUCCUGCUGCCUCGCGACUCAAGGGGCUGCUUACUGCGGCGCCGACUGCUGACGACAUUGAAGAUCAGCUUCAACAUGCGCGUGGUGCUUCCAGUCCUGGGCUUGACGGCGUCGGCUUUGACGUGUACAAGCACUUCGGUCCACAGCUGCUGACAGUCCUGACGGCAAUUUUCAAGCGCUGCUGGGUGGAGAAGAUGGUUCCCCAUAGCUGGAAGGUUGGCAUCGUGAGGCUGCUCUACAAGAAGGGCCCACGUGAUGACCCGGCGAACUGGAGGCACAUAUGCCUCCAGCAAGCCAUUUACAAGCUUUACACUGGCGUGCUUGCGCGGCGUCUCGUACGAUGGAUGGACGUCAAUGCACGGCACGCCCCGGGUCAGAAAGGGUUUCGGGUGGUGAACGGCUGCGGGGAACACAAUUUCCUCGCGGCCAUGUUAGUUGACAACUCUCGUCGCAAGCGUCGCCCACUGUUCCAGGUCUGGUAUGACCUGAAGAACGCUUUCGGCACUGUGCCCUUCGCGUUGCUGUGUGACUCGCUUCGUUGCCUGGGUGUCCCCACCGCCUACGUGGACAUGUGCAAGGGUCUCUACGAUCAAGCAGAUUUUGUGGUGGGCAACGCCGUUGAUGGCCCCACAGCUCCGAUCCGGCAGCAAGUGGGUGUAUUCCAAGGCUGUCCGCUGAGUCCGCAGUUGUUUAACGUUGCGAUCGGCCCGCUGCUCUUUCCGUUGCAGCGGCUGCCGGCCACAGGAGUGCAGAUGUCAGGUGAUGACUGUCCCGGUGCCGCCGCGUAUGCCGAUGAUUUGAAGAUUUUUAGCGGCAGCGAGGACGGCAUCAAGAGCCAGCACAAUCUUUUGGUUGACUUCCUGCGUUGGACCGGCAUGGCUGCCAACCCACUGAAGUGCAGCACCAUGUCGGUUCAGCGCAACAGUCGCUACGUUUUACAAGUUCAAGACAUUGGACUCGAACUGGAUGGUACCCCGAUCCCCUCACUUUCCGUGGAUGAAACGUACAAGUACUUGGGGAUCGGGGAUGGUUUUGACCACGUCCGCCGUCGCGUCGAGCUUGCUCCAGCUAUUACGCAGCUCAAGCACGACGCGACAGCACUGUUUCAAUCUGGAUUGGCACCAUGGCAGGUGGUGAAGGCGUUGAAGGUGUACCUUUACCCGCGGGUCGACUACGCCCUCCGGCACCUGAGACCGUUUGCUCAACAGCUGGAGGGCUUCGAUCGCCACUUUGUGCGCGGCCUACGCCACCUGCUGCGGCUACCAACAAACUCAACCACCGCGUUCUUCUACACGCCGGUGUCACGUGGUGGUUUGGGUUUGUUGCCGCUGACGGAGCUGCAUGGUGCGUUGCAAGUGGCUCAUGGGUGGCAGAUGCUGAACUCACCUGACCCUGCCACCCAACGUAUCGCCCGCCUGCAGCUUCGUCAGAUAGCUGACGCCCGAUACAAGCUGGAUGGUCAAGCAUGGAAGGACCGCGAGGAGGAGCUAUGUCAGCUCCUCCUCAACAGCAAGCUCGGUUCGUCAGACCCAGCCCCACCCAAACGUCGUAACGCUGACAUUGGGUCGCUGUGGUUUGACGUGCGCGGUCAUCUGCAGCGCUUUGGUCUACAGCUGGAGACAUCUCCAGCGUGUGUGGAUACAGGUGAAUCUGCGGUGAGCUUCCAGCUUCGCGUGCCGCACCACGCUAAGUGGCUUGACCAUCGUUCGGUCCUGCGGCACGUGAAGCUACACUUGAAGAACAAGCACUGGACCAAGUGGGCGGCCAUGCGCGACCAAGGCAAGACGGCACGGACCCAUGGUGGAGCUGGUAGUGGGCUCCUUACUCGGCCGCGAGGCAUGUGGGAAUCCGACUACCGCUUCGCAGUGACCGCCCGCUUGAACCAGCUGGACACACACAGUGUGCUCAAGCGUCGACGUCUCCGGGCGCACGACAAAUGCAGACACCCUGGAUGCUCACGCUCGGAGACGUUGGCACAUGUGCUAAACCACUGUGCUGGCACGAUGGACGCUGCUCGUGGACGACACGAUGACGCUCUCAAGGUCAUCGAGCGGGCUCUACUUUCGAGGUCUGGUGGACAGACAGACCGGGUAGAGCUUCGCGUCAACCAAACGGUGCCUGGACUUGCGGGACCAGCGCUGCGGCCAGAUCUACAGCUGUUCAACCACAGCAAGAAGACUGUGGCUGUGGUGGACCUGGCCGUAGCGUUCGAAGAACAAGCGAGUGCUGAUGCGAACAGCUCCGCGCUAGUGCGGGUGGCUGCCUUCAAGCGCACCAAGUACGACUGCGUCAAGCGCCAUCUCGAGCGUCAAGGUUGGACGGUACACCUUUCGGCGCUCGUUUAUGGCUCGCUUGGCGCUGUUGCCGGUGGUAACCUCGCGGUUUACACCGAGCAACUUGGUGUGCUGAAUCCAGCCGCCGCAUCUGGAACCUGCACUGCAGUACGCACCGCGCACGUCAAGGCCAAGGUCAAGCUCACGAUCGUGGUCAAUCUAGAGUUCAAGGUCAAGCUAGAGUUCAAGGUCAAGCUGGGGUUCAAGUUCAAGCUGAGGUUCGCGACCAAGCUCGAAGACGCUCAAGACAUGAUGCAAGGGGCAGUCGGGUGA